CACAAAAGUUCACUGGACGGCUGGACGCCAUAAAACACGCCUUCAAAUGUUGAAAUGACAGGAAGGAUUCUUAAGUUUUUCCACAUGUUUACAACAGAAUUUGAACUGGUUCUACUCCCAUGACCUUUAUUUGAAAGCACAUAUCUACACCUUAUCACCUGAAUCACAAAGCAAAUGAUUCCAACUCCUUAUGAAAACGAAUUCUGUGUGCAAAAACGCAUCCGGCUUACGACUUGGUUAAGGCAGCAUGGUUGGCACAUGUAAUGAUAAUGGAAAAUAACAGCAAUAACGUGCAAAUAAAACACUCACCUCAAUUACAAUCCUUCCCAGCGGCUGUCCGUCGGCACUCAUAUCAAAAAAUACCCUGGGGAGACCCAUAGUUUCGCAAAAACUUCUUGCUAAUGUUAAGAAACUAGAUGGUAAAUGCAAACUUACGGAUCUGCCGGCGAAUGCGCUUUGAAAACCGGCUUGACGGGAAAGGGAAGCAAGGUAGGAGGCCAUCUUUGCUGCCGGAUGUACUACUGCAGUCGUUUAGUGAAUAUCGCCUGGGGUAGCCCAAACGCAGCAGAGAUGCUGAACCGAAACACCUUACAACCACCCCCAUUGAUGAGCCAAAAUACUGGAUUAGGGAAUCUUGGAAGAAAUAUUGUGCCUCCUUUUCAACAACCACAGCAAGUGUUCCAGAAUACCAUGGGGCUACAACAACAAAAUAUAGCAGGAUUGGGUCGUGGACUUGGUCUGGCUAAUAGUGCAAUGAACACAACACUGAAUCCACAAAUUGGCACAAAUCCUUUGUUCCAACAAGUAGCCUAUCCCAAUACCAGAAAUUUGAGUGCAAAUGUCAACACUGGUUUAAACCCUGCUGCUUUCAAGAGUACUGUACAGCAAACAGUACAGAAUUCUGGAACAGGAGCUAAACAGAGAGUAUUUACAGGUUAGUGCUACACAU